AUGUUCAACUCCAGCUCGAUCGUGUGCUCUGGCCACACCCGCCCGGUAGUGGCCCUGGCCUUCAGUGAUAUCCUCACUGAGCUCCCCGGGCAGGAUAGCGCUUCGGCCGGCAGCGAUAUCUCGCAGCCCUCCUUCAAGGAUGCCGAGUAUGGUUUGAUCACCGCCUCCAAAG